AUGUCAAGUUUUGCCUCAAGAACAAGCUAAAAAGUUAAUUUUAAAUUAAUUGAUAGAUUAAAGAAUGGUGGGGAGCCAAAGUAACAGUAGACCCAUCAUUGGAAGCAAAGAAACAAAAGAUAAACGAAAUAGAUUAAUAUAUUAAAGGAUUAAAUUAAUCCUUUAGUAAUGUUAGUGCCUUGUUUUAAUGUAGAUAUUUUCAAAAUCUCAUAGAAAUGCAUGGACAUAUGGGAAGGAUCAGUGCUAUAUCAUCUAAGCUUUUUGAAAGAGAAACAGACACAAACAAAAGAAUCGGCAUUGAAGUAGCUUCUAUGUUUGGGAAUUUAUCAGAAUUAUUUAGAUCAAAAGUAUCCUAUGUAAUUCAUUUAGAAUGAACCAGUCUAAGAAAUAAAUAAAAAUUUCUUGGAUUGGUUUCAAAUGAUUGAAACUUUGAAAGUGCAGUUAGCCAAUUUCUAAGAGACUCGUUUAAUUUAUGAUCAUUACAAGAUGAAAGUAGAAGAAUUAGAAAAAAAUAAAUCGAAUGCCUUAUAGAAAGGGCAACCUGAAGAUUUCAAAUUAUCAGAUAAAAUUAGAAGAGUAUUCAAUUAGAUAAUACUAUUAGAAUCAAAGUAAGCUUUCCAGUUCUGAGACCAACUAUAAAUAAAGACUCUCAGAGAUAUUAAAUAAUAUGAAUAAACUAUUGGGAAGUUAUUUCAAAAUCAUAAAUUCAAGUCUCGACACAGUAUAUACUAAUACUAAUUAUUUAGUUUGUUAAUAUUAAUUAUGAUUUGUAUAUGAAUGCGAAAUCUAUUGUGAAAAAGAAUCUAAAAGCAUUUAAUAAAUUUAAAUACCCUGAAUAAGAGCCAAUUAUUGACUUAUUGAAAGAAUAAAAAGAAAUGACAACAUUAUUGGAAAGAGAAUAAUUAAAAGAAAAGGAGUUAAGGGAACUAAGAGAAAAGGAAUAAGAAAAAGAGAAAGAAAAAGAGAAGGAAAAAGAAAAAGAAAAAGGGAAUUAACCUUAAUCAUAAUUUGCACCUCUUUAGUAAACUACUUAAUGGGACAUAAAUAACAAAUUUAAUCCUUUCGGCCAAAGUUAAGUUACUAACUCCAAUGGGUAUUAAAAUAGUUAAAUGCAACCAUAAUAAAUUAAUGCACAGAUGAAUAACUUUUCUAGUAAUUUUAUGAACUAACAAUAACAAUUUGGAACUCCAAUGACACCGACCCAAAGAUAAUCUGUUGGCAACAAUUUUACUAACUAACAAAAUUUCUAAUAAUCCUUUGAUGAUGUUGGAUUUUAAAUGAUGACUGAUAUGAGAUAAAGUCAAAUUCAAAAUAGGUCAUAACAACAAUUUUAUUCUUAAAGUACAAUAGUAAGCCCCACUAACUUUGUGAAUAACAAUCCUUUUACUAGUUAACAAUAUCUAAAUCAACGAGUGAGUUUAUAAUAGCCAUAACCAUUAUAAUAGUUUGAUACUCCAUUAAAUAGAAUGUAGCCACCUGGAUCAUAAAAUCCAUUCUUUGAUUUUGAUAAUGAUCCUUCUAAGAGGGCUAUUUAGGAUAAUUCAUACACAUAUAAUUCAUAAUGGUAAGAUAAUUAGAAAACUAAUCCAUUUUCUUGA